UGAGCAUGCGUUGUGCAGCUUUGUUACUGUUAGCUACUUAGCUUAGCUAUCUAUUGUGAAAAUGGCGUUAAGCAAAACCUUUGGCCAGAAGCCGAUUAAAUUGCAGCUAGAGCAAGAUGGAGACUUUUACAUGGUUGGAUCAGAGGUGUGUAUGAGCUGUAUGCUAACGGAAAUAUUUAUCUAGCAAUACAGCAUUUUGGCCAUCAGCCUGCGCCAUUGUUGUCUGUCAUGAAAGCUAGUUAGCUAACGUUAAAUCUCAUAGCUAGCAAAACAUACCGCUUUGCAGAAUGAAUAAUGUCUAGCUAGUUGUCGAGCACUGUCAAGCUCGCAUGCAAUUACAGUGUAGUCUAGGAUGUCUAUUGUUGUAGUAAUAAGCACAAAAUCAAGUGAGCGUACUAUUGACCAAUGCAAUGCCAAUGUGGACAAACUGCUUACUAGUUAACGUUAGCCAAGUCAGUUAUUGUUGUGACUUUGUGUGGUCUGGAGUUGUGCGCUGGGUGGUUCUAACAAAAACACAUGACAAAUAUGAAAGGGACGAACACGAGAAAGUAAGUGCGCUAUACAGAGUCAGUGCCAAUACCAUAUUUACAAUGCGCAGGGAUACUGGCGUGGGAGAGGUAGACAUGUAUAGAGGUAAGGUGACUAGGCAUCAGGCUAUAUGAUUAGACAGCCGCGAAUAUGAUGAUUGUAUGUGCGUGUGAUAAGUCAUUAUUAAUGUGUGUGAGCAAAUGAAGUGUACGUGAGUCAGUAGAGUCAAUAAAAUAUCCUGAUGGCAGGGAGCUCGGCCACAGUGAUUUACUGGGCUGUCCGCACCACUCUGUAGAGCCAUGCGAUUGAGGAAGGUGCAGUUGCCAUUACCAAGCAGUGAUGCAGCCAGUCAAUAUGCUCUCAAUGGUGCAGUUGUAUAACUUUUUGAGGGCCCAUGCCAAAUCUUCUCAGCCUCCUGAGGGGGAAGAGGCGCGAUGAAGCUCUCAACCCGAUGUGGAUGGAGGCGUGCUCACCCCCGUUUCCUGUAGUCCACGAUAAACUCCUUGGUUUUACUGACGUUGAGGGACAGGUUGUUGACCUGGCACCACACUGCCGGGUCACUGACUUCCUCCCUGUAGGCCAAGGGUUCCCAAACUUUUUUUGGCCUACGACCCCGUUUUUAUAUGAAAUUUUUUGGGGUGACCCCAUCAUGUGAAAAAAGUUCUGUAAUCAAUGGCCAACAUUUACUUUUGUAAUUUGGGCUAUGACAGUCUAUUACAAAUCAGUCUGACAGCAUUUUUUCUUUUUUACAGUAUUUAAAUCUGAAGACGUGACUAAAAUGCAUCAGAAUGGUAUUGGGAAGAAAAUAAAAUUAUCGUUGAUGAUAUUCUUGUCCCCCAGUCUGAUUUAGUGCCUGGUCUUGUCCACUCGGUUCUAAUGGCUUGUGGGCAGAGUAGAAGGAAACAGUACAUACGUGUUCCUGAGAGUCUUAUCUUUCAGUGAUGGGGUCAUAAUACUUUGUAGCUUAAACCUUUCAAAAGAUAGAGCCACAUUUGUAGGAAGAAAACAGAAACCGGUCUGUUUAUUACAACCGCAUCUAGCGGCUACCGGAAGUUACUGACGUAACCCCGGUUCUAUGAACCAAGUGCAAAUGUUAUCUCGUGACCACGUUUUCUAAUCAGGUGACCCCCACAUGGGGUCGCGACCCCUAGUUUGGGAAACCCUGCUGUAGGCUGUCUCAUCGUCGCCAGUGAACAGGCCUACCACCGUCGUGUCGUCAGCAAACUUGAUGUUGGUGUUGGAGUCGUGCGCGGCCACGCAGUGGUAGGUGAACAGGGAGCUACAUGAAGUGUAGGGUCUUGGGGUUGUUUCUGGACUGUCUGGGCCCUAAACUCUGUUAUCGCAAAAAAAAUGACUCUCUUCCUUCCUCUCAGGUUGGAAACUACCUGCGUAUGUUCAGGGGCUCUCUGUAUAAAAGGUACCCAUCACUCUGGAGGAGGUUAGCCUCAGUAGAGGAAAGGAAGAAGAUUGUAGCAUCAUCUCACGGUGAGUGAUACUCUUGCCAGACACAUUAUCUUAUGAAAACUGUCUUUUAUUGUUUUUCACACAGCCACUUAGCCUAUAAGUCCAGACAGCAAGUAGCACUCUAGGAUAUUAUUAACACAACACAACUUUUAGCCACAAGUGUGACUCUGCUGAAGGCGUCCGAAUGUGAAGAGAUCUUUGAGGGGAAUGAUGAGAAGUACAAAGCGGUUUCCAUAAGCACAGAGCCACCGGCGUACCUCAGGUAAUGCCUCCCUCUUAUCUCACCAUGUAGUCUUCUGCGUAAGGAAAGAACUGAGUGCUGCUAGUGCAUGACAAUAUGAUUCAUACCAAAUUUUGGGAGCAUGCAUGCCAAAACAGCAUUUUCAAGCUACCUACAGGCACCUUAAAGGAAGAUUCCACUUAAAAACUAUAUUUUGGUAUUUGUUUCAUUAUGCCACUGUUGAUACAGUCCCAAAAUGUUUUGAAUAUCAGCAUCACGUUUUCAAGAUAUAGAACUUUCAAAGUACAGAAAGUGUCACAGUGUGACGCGCUCUGUUUGCGUAGAGCCUUUUAGAGUGUGAACCAAGCCAAAUGGGUUUUGUUCGUCAUAUGUCCUCAUGUCAAAAGUCCCUAGUACUUCUCUGUCCAUCCCAGGGAGCAGAAGUCAAAGCGGAACAGCCAGUGGGUCCCUACGCUGCCCAACAGCUCCCACCACCUGGAUGCUGUGCCAUGCUCUACCACCAUCAACCGCAACCGCAUGGGCCGUGACAAGAAGAGGACCUUCCCCCUGUGGUGAGGAAAGUAAACCCACAUUGGCCAGUAGCUGUGUCUGUAUUGAUACACACACACUGAGUGCGUGUGUGCCAUUUAUAUAGAUGGACCUGUGCCGUUUCCUCAUAGAACAAUACACAUGCGUCUUUCUAUAAACUAGGGUGCCAGUGAGGAUUUCCUAUGCUGGACAACUUGUUACAGUUGUUGAUAAGUCAUUGAUAAUAAUAAUCUGCCAAUUUGUUUAAUGUCAUUACCUUAAGAUAUAAGGGGGAACAUACAGUGGGGAAAAAAAGUAUUUAGUCAGCCACCAAUUGUGCAAGUUCUCCCACUUAAAAAGAUGAGAGAUGCCUGUAAUUAUCAUCAUAGGUACACGUCAACUAUGACAGACAAAUUGAGGAAAAAAAAUCCAGAAAAUCACAUUGUAGGAUUUUUUAUGAAUUUAUUUGCAAAUUAUGGUGGAAAAUAAGUAUUUGGUCACCUACAAACAAGCAAGAUUUCUGGCUCUCACAGACCUGUAACUUCUUCUUUAAGAGGCUCCUCUGUCCUCCCCUCGUUUCCUGUAUUAAUGGCACCUGUUUGAACUUGUUAUCAGUAUAAAAUACACCUGUCCACAACCUCAAACAGUCACACUCCAAACUCCACUAUGGCCAAGACCAAAGAGCUGUCAAAGGACACCAGAAACAAAAUUGUAGACCUGCACCAGGCUGGGAAGACUGAAUCUGCAAUAGGUAAGCAGCUUGGUUUGAAGAAAUCAACUGUGGGAGCAAUUAUUAGGAAAUGGAAGACAUACAACACCACUGAUAAUCUCCCUCGAUCUGGGGCUCCACGCAAGAUCUCACCCCGUGGGGUCAAAAUGAUCACAAGAACGGUGAGCAAAAAUCCCAGAACCACACGGGGGGACCUAGUGAAUGACCUGCAGAGAGCUGGGACCAAAGUAACAAAGCCUACCAUCAGUAACACACUACGCCGCCAGGGACUCAAAUCCUGCUGUGUCCCCCUGCUUAAGCCAGUACAUGUCCAGGCCCGUCUGAAGUUUGCUAGAGUGCAUUUGGAUGAUCCAGAAGAGGAUUGGGAGAAUGUCAUAUGGUCAGAUGAAACCAAAAUAUAACUUUUUGGUAAAAACUCAACUCGUCGUGUUUGGAGUACAAAGAAUGCUGAGUUGCAUCCAAAGAACACCAUACCUACUGUGAAGCAUGGGGGUGGAAACAUCAUGCUUUGGGACUGUUUUUCUGCAAAGGGACCAGGACGACUGAUCCGUGUAAAGGAAAGAAUGAAUGGGGCCAUGUAUCGUGAGAUUUUGAGUGAAAACCUCCUUCCAUCAGCAAGGGCAUUGAAGAUGAAACGUGGCUGGGUCUUUCAGCAAGACAAUGAUCCCAAACACACCGCCCGGGCAACGAAGGAGUGGCUUCGUAAGAAGCAUUUCAAGGUCCUGGAGUGGCCUAGCCAGUCUCCAGAUCUCAACCCCAUAGAAAAUCUUUGGAGGGAGUUGAAAAUCCGUGUUGCCCAGCGACAGCCCCAAAACAUCACUGCUCUAGAGGAGAUCUGCAUGGAGGAAUGGGCCAAAAUACCAGCAACAGUGUGUGAAAACCUUGUGAAGACUUACAGAAAACGUUUGACCUGUGUCAUUGCCAACAAAGGGUAUAUAACAAAGUAUUGAGAAACUUUUUUGUUAUUGACCAAAUACUUAUUUUCCACCAUAAUUUGCAAUAAAUUCAUUAAAAAUCCUACAAUGUGAUUUUCUGGAAUUUCUUUUUCUCAUUUUGUCUGUCAUAGUUGACGUGUACCUAUGAUGAAAAUUACAGGCCUCUCUCAUCUUUUUAAGUGGGAGAACUUGCACAAUUGGUGGCUGACUAAAUACUUUUUUUCCCCACUGUAGAUCUAUUCCAUAAAAUUCACGAGUUGAUUUAAAAAUGUUUAACUUUCUCAUGGUUGGUGUCUUGACGGAUUUGUCCUGAAUCCUGUGACUUAAAACAUUACUUUUCUGUCCUUGCAUUUAUGGUAAAGCAAGUUGUCGUUAUAUAAUAUAUUAACCAUUAAUCAGUAAAUUAGACAUUGAACUUGAACCCUGUAAAAAUCCUGGAUCUAGCUGUCGGACAGUUUUUUUUUUGUAUCUAUACUGAACAAAAAUAUAAACGCAACAUGUAAAGUGUUGCUCCCAUGUUUCAUGAGCUGAAAUAAAAGAUCCCAGAAAUUUUCCAUAUGCACAAAAAUCGUAUUUCUCUCAUUUUGUGCACAAAUUUGUCUACAUCCCCGUUAGUGAGCAUUUCUCCUUUGCCAAGUUAAUCCAUCCACCUGACAGGUGUGGCAUAUCAAGAAGCUGAUUCAACAGCAUUAUUAUUACACAGGUGUACCUUGUGCUGGGACAAUAAAAGGCCACUCUAAAACGUGCAGUUUUGUCACACAACACAAUGUCACCGCUGUUUUGAGAGAGCGUGCAAUUGGCAUGUUGACUGCAGGAAUGUCCACCAGAGCUUUGUCAGAGAAUGUUUCCAACGUUGUUUUAUAGAAUUUGGCAAUACGUCCAACCGGCCUCACAACCGCAGACCGCGUGUAACCAUGCCAGACCUCCACACCCGGCUUCUUCACCUGCGGGAUUGUCUGAGACCAGCCACUCGGACAGCUGAUGAAACUGGGUUUGCACAACCGAAUAAUUUCUGCACAAACUGUCAGAAACCAUCUCAGGGAAGCUUAUCUUGGUGCUCGUUGUCCUCACCAGGGUCUUGACCUGACUGCAGUUCGGCGUCAUAACCGACUUCAGUGGGCAAAUAGUCACAUUCGAUGGCCACUGGCACGCUGGAGAAGUGUUUAUGGAUGAAUCCCGGUUUCAACUGUACCGGGCAGAUGGCAGAAGUAUGGCGUUGUGUGGGCGAGCGGUUUGCUGAUGUCAACGUUGUGAACAUAGCGCCCUAUGGUGGCGGUCGGGUUAUGGUAUGGGCAGGCAUAAGCUACGGACAACAAACACAAUUGCAUUUUAUCGAUGGCAAUUUGAAUGCACAGAGAUACCGUGACGAGAUUCUGAGGUCCAUUGUUUCAGCAUGAUAAUGCACGGCCCCAUGUCGCAAGAAUCUGUACACAAUUCCUGGAAGCUGAAAAUGUCCCAGUUCUUCCAUGGCUUGCAUACUCACCAGACAUGUCACCCAUUGAGCAUGUUUGGGAUGCUCUGGAUUGACGUUUACGACAGUGUGUUCCAGUUCCCGCCAAAAUCCAGCAUCUUCGCACAGGCAUUGAAGAGGAGUGAGACAACAGGCCACAAUCAAUUUAUUUAUUUCAAUUGACUGAUUUCCUUAUAUGAACUAACUCAGUCAAAUCUUAGAAAUUGUUGCAUGUUGCAUUUAUAUUUCUGUUCAGUGUAGAUCUCAGAAAUGCAGUGUAACUUCGUAACGUUUCGUGUCUCCUUAUGUUACGUGGUGGAAACGGUUUUCAUGGGCACACAAAUCCGCCCAAAAUUUAGCAAAAUAGAAUGCUUCUAACCGAAUGUCACCAUCCCUUGAUACUUAAAACUGAAAUUGAUACUUUCAUUAACGUGGUUCUUCAAUAAUUAUGUGUAAUACUUGUUGGAUGCACAUUUGGUGUCAAGCGGUUUAAUUACACCGUGAUAAUUUCACACAUCAUCAUCUGAUCCAGGAAGCAAUUUUCUGAAUGACAGUCAAGUGAGGAACAGCUGUUGUGAUGGUACAUGCAAUGCUACAACAGCCUGAGUGCUGAAAAAAAGGUGUUUAUGAAUAUUUUGGUGUCUCAUUUGUUACGCCGGUGAAGAUAGUUGUGACUGGAUCCACAUGGGAUCUAAUAUCCCUAGCGAAUUUAUGUUGAUCAUCUGUUGUAGUCUGCUUGAUUUUACAGCAGGUAAUCGUUAGAUUUAACAGAAAAAGCAUCAAGGUAAUGAGUUCAUGUUUUCAUAUGUUUUUUGGUCGCUUUCUCUUUAUUAAAACAGAUGGUGAGGUUAAUGCUACUGCUAUUCAUGGUUUUAUUUUGUGAUCCUGUGUUGGCCACAUAGGCUAUAGAAAAAUUGGCAUGCAUCCAAUUUAUUUAGUCAGGCAAGUCUACAUUAUUCUCACAUUUUGAAUAUAAUAAGAAUGUGAAAAUCAAUGCAUUGGCAAGGCCUAAAAAAGGCAUUAUUCUUAGUGGUAAUUGCCAUUUAUUUUAUUUGGUUAUGCUUUUUGCAUGCUUUUUUUUGGGGGGGGGGGGUUUAAUUAGGUUUAAGUGCCAUGAUCAAGGGCACAUCAACAGAUUUUUCACCAAGUCGGCUCGGGGAUUUGAACCAGCAACCUUUCGGUUACUGGCCCAAUGCUCUUAACCGCUGGGCUACCUGCCUCACAAUUGUAUAACAUUGAGGUCCUUGACAAUUACAAUUAAGUACUUGAAAAUUUCCCUGAAAGUUCUUGAAUUUGACUUGCCAAUGUCUGUAUCAACCCUGCUUAAAGGAUGUAUAGUCCAAGGCCUAUGUUGUUGUAAGUGGAGUUAUGGGCCAAUUUGCAUAUAUUCCUCUAAGUACACGUGGAACUGCAUAAAAAAAAUGAAUUCAAAUUGUUUCAAACGAUUUUGAAAUGUUGAUCCCAAUGUCACACAUUGGCCCCAUUUAUUUAUAGAAAGAACUACAUUGAGAAUAAUCGCUGCAGUUUUCAGGCUGGGUUAGAAGGGCCAUUUUGAUGACUUGUGCAAAAGUGGCUUUGUACUCUUUUUCUCAUUGAACGCUUUGAGGUACUUGAUACAUUUCCCUUGUGAAAAGGAGCCUUUAGAAAAGGCCCGAGAUGUCCACAUUAGCGGAUGAAUCUCAGCUCUGCUCAUCAUAAUGGAAAAUGAAGGAAUGGUUCAGUCGCAGUCUGUUUCACCCUCCCGCUCACAAGCUAUUUGGGGGUCAGGAGAUGCAGCUUGAGACAGAGGUCAUCCAGGGUCACUGGAACUCCCUCCUCUGGUUUUUAAAUUGGUAGUUUCUCAUUCAUCAUCAAGUGCUUUUCUGAUGGUCUUCCAGAAAGCAAGCACUGUCUCCUGACAUGACCGUUUAUGAGAACAUCCUUCCCUCUCUCCCCCUUCCCACAGCCCACUUGUCUAGAUAACAAAAGCAUUUAAUUGUGUCGCUGGAACAUAUCAAAACAGAUCCGCCUACUUGGGCACUUUUUGCUGACCUUGAAAGAUUAGGCUUUUAUUAAGAGCCGUUGCCAUGUUUUCAACAGUCACGGUCUCUGACCAUAGCUCUUGUUUUCAUGCCAUCUUUGUUUAGUUGCGGUGUGUGUUUGUAACUAAGCUCCCUAGAUGGUUUACGGUUGAGAUAAUAAAGUAAAGUACUUACUAAAUGAUGUUAGGAUCUUGUUUAUCUAUCUAAUGGUGGAAAAGUUAGUUUAGCAAUAGGACACCCUUGACUUGUGAAAAAUGUAGGCCUAAAUAACUGUCAAUUAUUUGAAGAAACAAAGAGCGAUGCAAACUGUGGGUGAAUGCACUGUGAUGCCUUUUUACCUUGUAUAACCUAAGAUGCUAUCAUGCUAGUAAGGGUGAUUGAAUGAUAGAGAAUACAGGUUGUUGGAGACGGCAUUAGUGUAGUGUUCCCGAGAUGCUGGCUUUGUUAGGGCUUGGAUGGAAGGCUCCAGGGUAAAUAUUUUUUUUUAAAUGUACGCACUCACUAACUCUGGAUAAGAGCGUCUGCUAAAUGACUAAACUGUAAUAAUAAACAACACUUGUUUACCCCUGAGGUCUACCUCUGUUCUGUGGGUUGGAAAUCCUCCUCACCAGGUCCAAAACAAAUGUUACUCUUAUCACUUUCCCAGCCAGGCAGUCAACAGUGUAAUUGUCUCAAAGGCCCACACAAGUCAGCAUGUCUGGCUCAAAGCAUUGCUCUUUUUGCUGUGGUUUUGGCAGAGGACCCAUCGUGUGAGGACUCUAGUGAACAUCUCUGCUUUCUCUGGCGCAGAUGUGAUCUGUUGAACAGCGCAUGUUGUGAAUGCUGAUCUCUGAAUGCUAGUGUUGAUGGACAUUUAGUCCAGAAGAUAUCUUAUAAAUCAGUAGAGUGGACAGAUGACUGAAUCUUUCACUGUACACCCAAUUUAGUUGAAUUUGAAUUAUAUUAGGAUGCCCAUUAGCUGAGGUCAUGCCGUCCAAUCUUCCUGGGGUCUAACACAGAACUAAAAAUACUUUACUAAGAAUGUGUAGGAUACCAACCUGGUCCCAUUCUAUAUGUGCGGAGCCAACUCUUCUAUCGUUGUCAAGCCGUACAUAUGUUGGCAUAAGAAAUGAAUGAACACAGAAAGCAGUUGGCUAAAGUACAAACAGCCUGGACCACCAGGCUAGUAGAAUGCUGAGAGAGAGAGACAGAAUUCCCCUGUGAUAAACAUUAAAUUCAUCAUACAUUCCAAUUGGUGGCCACCGGUGUACAAUGACGCUGAUUGGAUUCCUCUUUUGUUAGCAAUGUCCAGCUGAAGACGAGUAUAAGCUAAAUUAGGGGUAGAUGUUACAGCCUGGUAUUCACGACAAGUGUCUUUAAAUGUCUCCAAUAAUGAUGGGAAGACAACAAAUGACGAACUACUUUUCGUAGGUUGUAGCGUAAUCUAAUACCUUGUCUUCUCCCCCUUUUCCCUCUGUGAAGCUUUGACGACCACGACCCGGCGGUGAUCCAUGAGAAUGCGUCUCAGGCCGAGGUGCUGGUUCCCAUUCGUCUGGACAUGGAGAUUGACGGGCAGAAGCUCCGAGAUGCCUUCACCUGGAACAUGAACGGUACGGCUCCACUUUCCAUUCCCCUAGGCUGGAAGACUGCUUUGGAGUUACAAACUCUAGUUUGGGAUGUUAUUCUGAAGAUGACCUAUAAGGUUAUAUAAUCGUUCCCCAGCAACAGCUUCAACAGCUGCACUUUGAGCCAUAUCUCAAUAGGCUAAAGUGGCUUCCUUCCUAUCCUAGUCUCAUCUGCUUCAUCUGCACUGAUCUGAAAAUACACUGGUUAGAUGGAAGCAAAGUGAUGGAUGCCUACUAAGGAAAAAUCCUGCUCUCAACAGCCUUGUUCUUUCACAUCAGUGUGAUUGUAGGAAAGUACACAAGGAUAGGAAGCCACUGAAACUAUUGAGAUUCACCCCCAUUCAUUCUGCCUCCACUCACCGUCCUAUCAUGUCCCUCCAGAGAAGCUGAUGACCCCGGAGAUGUUUGCUGAGAUCCUGUGUGACGACCUGGACCUGAACCCCCUGGCCUUUGUCCCGGCCAUCGCCUCAGCUAUACGCCAGCAGAUAGAGUCCUACCCCACAGACAGCAUCCUGGAUGAACAGACAGACCAGAGGGUCAUCAUCAAGGUGGGCACACACAGUAACACUUCACUGCUGCAAUGGGAGCACAGGCCAAAGGCUGCAUCUCAAUAGUAAAAUCAAGGGUCUGCGUCUGGCCUGCGGCCCACCAGUUUGUCAUAACAUCACUCCUAUACAUACUGUAUUUCUUAAUUGGGUUUGUGUCUCAGCUGAACAUCCACGUGGGGAACAUCUCCCUGGUGGACCAGUUUGAGUGGGACAUGUCGGAGAGGGAGAACUCUCCGGAGUCGUUUGCCCUGAUGUUGUGCUCCGAGCUGGGCCUGGGAGGAGAGUUUGUUACCACCAUUGCCUACAGCAUUCGCGGCCAGCUCAGCUGGCACCAGAGGACGUACGCCUUCAGGUAACACAGAUGCUCAAUACAUGCAUAUAAAUGCAAUAUAUGCAUUUGCACAGACACAAACACACACACCCAAACAAACAAAAACAACACUAAAUACACACGUAUGGACACACAGACCAGAUGACUCCCUCACACACUUAAUGACGCUGAUGGACUCAGCCAGAACCUUCACAGUUCACACACACGCUCCUAUGCGUUGCCCAGUGUACUGUCAAAAUGGAAAGUUGGAGAGUUAGAAAUAACCGCACACGCAUAUUUUGCAACUCUUUGAUCGGAAGGUCUUCGUCAUGACACAUACACAUUUUCAGCCUAAAUGCAGCAUUCCCCAUUCUGUUUUGUAGAAUAGAUAUUUUAAACACUCAAGAUGUAAGGUCGCCUGCAUCAUGGAUAAUUGCUGGAUUAAGGCCAGAACACAUUUAGUUCCCGCAAUUAAAAUUGUCAGUGUGAUGUAUUUUACUAUGUUACAUACCCCUUGACUUAUUCCACAUUUUGUUGUUACAGCCUGAAUUCAAUAUGGAUUAAAUAUAUUUUUUUCUCACCCAUCUACACACAAUACCCCAUAAUGUUGGCAAAUGUAUUGAAAAUGAAAUACAGAAAUAUCUCAUUUACAUAAGUAUUCACACCCCUGAGACAAUACUUUGUAGAAGCACCUUUGGCAGCGAUUACAGCUGUGAGUCUUUCUGGGUAAGUCUCUAAGAGCUUUCCACACCUGGAUUGUGCAACAUUUGCCCAUUAUUCUUUCCCAAAUUCUUCAAGCUCUGUCAAAUUGGUUUCAUAGCUAGACAACCAUUUUCAGGUCUUGCCGUAGAUUUAAGUCAAAACUAUAACACGGCCAUUCAGGAACAUUCACUGUCUUCUUACUAAGCAACUCCAGUGUAGAUUUGGCCUUGUGUUUUAGGUUAUUGUCCUGCUGAAAGCUGAAUUAAUCUCCCAGUAUCUGGUGGAAAGCAGACUGAACCAGGUUUUCCUCUAGGAUUUUGCCUGUGCUUAGCUCCAUUCCAUUUCUUUUUUAUCCUGAAAAACUCCCCUGUCCUUAAUUACAAGCAUAUACCCAUAACAUGAUGCAGCCACCACUAUGCUUGAAAACAUGGAGAGUGGUACUCCGUAAUGUAAUGCGUUGUAUUGAAUUUUUCAUAAACAUAACCCUUUGUAUUGAGGACAAAAAAUGAAUUGCUUUGCCACAUUUUUUGCAGUAUUACUUUAGUGCGUUGUUGCAAACAGGAUGCAUGUUUUGGAAUAUUUGUAUUCUGUACAGGCUUCCUUUUUUUCGACUGUCAGUUAGAUUAGUAUUGAGGAAUAUCUACAAUGUUGUUGAUCCAUCCUCAGUUUUCUCCUAUCAAAGCCAUUCAACUCUGUAACUGUUUUAAAGUCAUCAUUGGCCUCAUGGUGAAAUCCCUGCGCGAUUUCCUUCCUCUCCGGCAACUGAGUUAGGAAGGACACCCGUAUCUAUAUAGUGACUGGGUGUAUUGAUACACCAUCCAAAGUGUAAUUAGUAACUUCACCAUGCUCAUAGGCAUAUUCAAUGUCUGCUUUUUCAAUGUUUACCCAUCUACCAAUAGGUGCACUUUGCGAGCCAUUGGAAAACUUCUCUGGUCUUUGUGGUUGAAUCUGUUUGAAAUUCACUGCUUGACUGAGGGACUUUACAGAUAAUUGUAUGUGUGGGGUACAGAAAAUCAAAAAUCAUGUUAAACACAAUUAUUGCACACAGUGUCAGUCCAUGCAACUUAUUAUGUGACUUGUUCAGCACAUUUUUACUCCUGAACUUAUUUAGGCUUGCCAUAACAAAGGGGUUGAAUACUUAUUGACUCAAGACAUUCAUUUUUAUUAAUUUGUAAGGAUUGUAAAAACAUAAUUCCACUUUGACAUUAUGGGGUAUUGUGUGUAAGCCAGUGACAAGAACAAUCUAAAUUUAAUCCAUUUUAAAUUCAGGCUGUAACACAACAAAAUGUGGAAAAAGUCAAGGGGUGUGAAUACUUUCUGACGGCACUGUAUGUGUUCUGUAAGAUGAACUAUAUCUCACAGUGACAUGAACAUGGGGUCAGGUUGAGGCAUUUGUAUGUGUUGUGUGGUGUCUUAAGAGAGUGUAUGGGGAGGGGUUUAAAAGUUGGCUGCCUGCCUAUGACUCACAAAUUGGGGUCUGUUAAGGAUUUCAAUUUCAAACACAGACAGCUUGCAUCAUGUUUACACAACAGAGUACAUACACACACACCCUUUAGCCUUCAUCCAUUAUUCACAAGCACGGGUACCAUAUGUUUUUCCACCAAAACAAAGACCUCAUCCAUAGGGAGUUUCCAGCCAACUAAACCCUAAAACGGUUCCUUUAGCGUAUAAUGGCGAUCAUUUUACAUAUUGAAAUGUCUUAACAUUGUACAGAUUUUCCCCGACAGUGACACAGACAUACAGCCCGUUUGUUUGUAUUUGUUUCUCAUCACAUCAGCUUGGCUCUGUUAAUUUGGGACGUUUUGUUCACUUGGGCUGUUCCAUUGUGUGUCACCUGCUUAUCAAACAGUUGUGCUCAAUUCCAUUUCACCAAUGGACAUUUUCAUGAAAUGAACUGAAAUCGCAAAUGGAGAAAUUUGUAAUCGAUUGCCAACCCUGAUGCCAAUGCUUUUGAGUCAUUUUCAAGUCAUUGAUUGUGCGUAAAUGAGGACUGAGGCGUUUUUCUAACAUCAUCAACAUGCCUUUUUAAUUAUCUUUUCUACUCUCUCCCCCCACUUGUCUGUUUUUUAUAGGUCUGAUUUAAGGUCAAUAUGCUUUUGAAUUACUUGAACUACUCCCCCUCUCCCCUCAAGCUAAACCCUCUACCACCCACGUUCUCUCACGAUCUGCCCUGGGAAGCUGAGUACAUUUACACUUUAUCUCUCUCUCAUCUGUUGACUUGACUUUGCAGGGCUCGUCCCCCCCCCCAAAGUAAAACCCCCAAAGGCAACCCUAUUUACUUGUUUUAUGAAUAAAAAAGCCUAUGUUGUAUGAUAUUCUGUUUCUGCCAAGUCAGGGAAACUAUGUAGUUAUCACUGUUGGUUGGUCUACAAACUGCACUCCACACAAGUUUCAAGUUUGAUUAGUUAUAUGUACAGGGUACACAUGGUAUACACCGUCCAACAAAAUGCUUACUUGCAGGUUCUUUCUAGACAAUGCAACAAUGAUAAGAAAUAAUAAAAGAUAAGAGGACAAACAUAAAGUAAAUGGCUCAGUAGAACACACAGAGAAUGGAAGGGACAGUCAAGAACUGUGUGGCUUAUUGUAACUAUGUAAAAUGGUUCCAUUGGUGCCUUUAUCUACUCUCCCAGUUCUUCAUUUGUCAAACUGAAAUUGCAUGUUAGUUUAGAAUCCCUCAUACCAUGGGAUAAAAGGUAUGUAAAAUGCCGUAGUGGUUCGAGCAGCGUUUGCUUGAUGGAUGCUUUAUGACUGUUUCAUUGCUUUGGCUGAGUGUGCUAGUGGUGAAUCUGUGCUUUUACUUAUCAAGAUGGCAUCUUCGGGGGAAAAACACAAAAACAUGAUCGUCACACAAUUUGAUUAUGGAAUUUCCAAAAACCUUUUAAAAAGUUUGAAUAAGUCACAUCUCUGUCCGUUUGGAUCAAGGGUAUGUCUAUUCCUCAUCAAAAUGGCACAAACUCACAAGUGUUGUUUUUCUCCUCCAAGAUGCCUCUUAUUUGCUCUCCCACUUCUUCAACACACCGUGACUGCAGCAUGUCCCAUCCCAUCUGUUCCUUCAUUUGCAUCUCAUUUCCUGUCUCCCUGAUGUCAUUUUCUGCAGUGAGAACCCCCUGCCAACGGUGGAGAUUGCCAUCCGCAACACAGGCGACGCUGACACAUGGUGCCCACUGCUGGAGACUCUGACAGAUGCAGAGAUGGAGAAGAAGAUCAGGGACCAGGACAGGAACACCAGGUGACAGAGAGACAGACAGCCUGGCAUUCAAAACCUAGGUUUUUUCUCAAUUCAUCUUUCCAUUUUUCCUCCAUCUUCCCUCAACCUUCUCCCCCAAUACGGGUGAGGAGAUGGGAUGCAAGGAAUCACAGAAAGACGAAUUGAGAUGGAGCCUUACCCUACGACUAGCGCCCUCACCUCGUCUCUAUGUCCACUGUUGUAGAAUUGUUUAAAGGACUACUACACUCAAACUCUUUUUAGUAUUUUGUUCAUUAGUCCGCUGUUAAUACAAUCCCAAAUAAUUCUGCAUGUCAUCAGUCAAAUUUCUAAGAUUUAUUCUUUAUUGUUCUCUAAUGUGAACACUUGACUGCUGAUAUGCACAAUUUUGGGGGGACUGUAUUAACAGUGGACUAAUGAACAAAAUACUUAAAGAUUAAAUGUUCAGGAAGCGACAACAAGAUUCAGGUUUUUCCUUAAAAUCAGACACAUUUUAUUUUGGACUGCACCACUCUGGUCUGUGCAAAACCAGUUAUAAUUUGGAAUAGGGUAUUUGGUCAGAAAAGUAUGAAAACUACUGUCCUACAUCAUCAGAUUUCCAAUCUAAGAAUCUUCUCUACUGUGUUGUAUUUAUGCCAGCCCAUCUGCAACAUAGGAACCUAUUUAAUGUGUUUUCCUUUCAGGCGCAUGAGACGACUUGCCAACACUGCCCCUGCCUGGUAGAGAGAAGCAGCAAUGAGCUACUACAGAGCCUCUAGUCCAGUGGUGUUUUUGGAACCGUGGCACACCUUGAUGGGAUAUAAAAUUCUGCGGCACACCAGAAAUGUCCCUAUUAAUUUAUUUUGUGGUAAUGACCUCCAUCUCAUCUGAUCCAUACUGCAAAUCAUCUAUUUUCUGUGACAAAUGUUUAUUAAAUAGGGUUUAUUUUAAGUAUUUUCAUAGUUUUCAUUGUUCCUUACUCAUGAUGGUUCAUUUGUGUGUGUACCCCUUUAAGAGCGUCCCGCGAAUCUGCGCCAGAAAGAAUAAAAGGUAUGUAUUAGGCAAAUAGGUAUUUAGUUUUGAACGGUCUGUGCUAGAGGUUUAACCACGGACACAAAGCCAAGCUCCGUUUGUUUCUAUGGCAGAGGCUGUGGGAUAGCUAAGCUCAGAGCCAUAUAUUAAGAAGUAAAUUACUCUGGCUAAGCCUAAUCAGACUUACCUGUGCUAAUGGUUAUCACAGACUAAGUAAAAUUAUACAAAUGACUUUGCUCGUGAUGCGCGCCCCUCAAAUUAUACAAAUGUAACAGCCUGAGCACACUGGACUUGAAACAAUGAUACAGAUGUAACAAUGUACCAUUUAAUGUAUUAUCUGACAGGCACAGGUGCUCCCAAGUCAAAAUUCCAGGUACAUUCCACAGGUUAUGUUUCUAAGUGAGUGUUCAAAAAAAAUGAUCAAGGUUAGGAAACGUUUUGCGGCACACCACUGCUUCUAGUCAACUCCUAUGGGCCCUCUGUGGACACACACACAAACGUGACAAUAGACAUUCCACUGGUCCCUUCUUACAGCCCCCAUAAUGUUAACUAACUCAAUGCUUGAUUGUUAUACUGAUCCAGUAUCAAUGCCACAUCUCUACUCCCAUGAAUUAGAAAAAUUACUUCUGAUCCCAGAUCAGAGACUUUUCAAGGAGCCUUAACCAUUUCUAGUGUUGAAUCCCAAUCCGUUCCCCUGUAGUGGUUCAAGCCGCUACUAAUUUCUGAUGAGAUGAUGCGAUGUGGUAAAUGAACGGUGCCAUGGGUAGAGUGUAUGGGUCAGAAUGAAAUCUAGGCUUUGUCAAUUCUAUGGAUUCACCAUCUAAGUGAGCUCUACCUGGUAAUACUGCUUUGAUGCACUCAUAUCCCUCAUGAUAGACAAUGCUGACUGACUUGAUCAUAUCUGUUAAUAGAAACUCAGACUCAACUCUUGCGAAUAAUGUAAAGUUAUGUAUUGUGCUUUCUU